AUGGACGAAGCUAUGCAACAAGCACUAAAAAAUGUGGAUCGGGCAGAAGACGAAUUGGAGCAUCUCACACAGGCCCAGAACUCUCAGUAUGCCGCUAUGAAGUCUGCUCUGGACAGCUUUCGUAGUACAUGCCAGGAUGCCCUUUUUCUGGACCUGAAGCUGGCUGCCGACCAUAACGUGGAGCCGCGAAUAUGGCAAGCACAUCACACUGUCAACAACCGGCUCCGGAAAAGCCUCAAGGACGUCCGCAAAGAAUCAAGGAAAGUGGUCGAGCGCAGAAAGCUCGAGAAGGUCUACCUCAACUUCAUCAAGUCUAGCCUUCGAUUCUACCGCACCUUCCUUCAGCGGAUCUGGUCACACUUCACUGGUAUCGGCGAGUUGCACAGCGUUGCACAGAAGAUGCACCUCGACCUGUUGUCCGUCGACGCACCGGUGCCUGUUGAUGCGCCACAGAAGCAACAGCUACUGCAAUACUGUCAUUCCACUCUCAUACAUUGUGGUGAUCUAUCACGCUAUCGAGAAAUCGCGCUUGCCCAGAAGACUCGCAACUGGGGUCCGGCGGAAGGAUACUACGAAUGUGCUGCUCGGCUCGAUCCAACCUCUGGCUUAUCGUUCAACCAGUUGUCGAUGAUGGCAGUCGUUGACGAUGACGACUUUGGUGCCCUGUACUACACUUACAUGUGUUUAGCCACGAUCAAUCCGUUCCCUGCAGCAGAUGAAAACCUGAUCAGGCUGCUGAACAAGAUCUGGACCAAGACCAAAAAGCCAUCUGCCACUCAGACAAAGCCCGCCCGAGCGGAGUUUUCAUUUCUUUAUUUUCAUGCCAUGAUCCACGCUGAUGCGGAUGCGGCGCCGGCAGACUUCCGUCCGAAACGCGACACUCUUCUGGGACGAGGAGGGCUCUUUGAUUUAGUGGUGUCCGAGCCUGGCGCCAAGUCAUUGAAACAAAUGUGCUUGAUGAACAUCGCUGCUUUUCACCAUGCGACAAAGGUACUACAGAGCGCCGAACAAAUCGCCGGAUCCCACGACAGGGAAUCGAGGAUAUAUCACAUGUUGCUGGAGCUCAACAUGUCGACGCUCGCGCUUUUCAUGAGUAUUGUGUCUUUAGAGCACGAGAAUGUCCCUCAAUCGACACCUCAGUUCCUAGGCGGACUGGCCUCAACAAGCACUAUCCACAAGUUGUUGCCAUGCCUGCGUCUGUACAGCGCCUGGCUUAUGUCCAACAUCGACAUCCUCCGUGAGCGCACUGGUGAUGGUAUUGCCAACAAACUCCCCCUCGAAUCGCUCUGGACAGUCUUCCUUAAUUGCAAGGCAGCUCUUUCCGAGAAGCUCAGCACUGCUGACAUCGAUAAUGUUCGCUAUCUGCUGGAGGAGGAUCAGGGCAUGCUUCACUUCUCUCCUAUCGCAGCAGUGGUGCAGCAAGCGAUGCUGCGUAAGCCUGGCGAAGUUGCCAAGUCAGUUAGGAGGGACGAGGCGAUCAUUGACAAGCAAACAUGA